UCAGUGGAACGGUAGCAUGGAGCGUUGGUGCAACAAAGUGGCUGUGGUGAGCGGAGCGAGCGCCGGAAUCGGAGCAGCUUGCACCCGUGCCCUAAUCGGAGCGGGAAUGGUAGUGGUGGGUCUGGCCAGGCGGCAGGAGCGAGUGGAGAACCUUCGCAGUGGUCUGAGUCCCGAACAGCAAUCUCGGCUUCACGCAAUCAAGUGCGACAUUACGCAGGAGGAUCAGGUUUUGAAGGCCUUCGACUGGACCUGCCGCCAAUUGGGCGGAGUGGACGUGUUGGUGAGCAAUGCUGGGAUCAUUGGUACCGGAGAGCUCAGCGAGCGGGAUGAUCGUGCUGCCAUGCGAUCCACCAUAGAAACAAACAUCAUGGGCACCGUUUACUGCGUCCGUGAGUCCUUCCAUUCGAUGAAAAAGCGGGGAACCGAGGGCCACGUGGUCAUCGUGAACAGCGUGGCGGGCUACCAGGUACCCAACCUGGGACCCCAGCUUCCCUCGCUCAACAUUUAUCCGGCCACCAAGUUUGCCCUUCGCGCCAUGAACGAGAUCUACCGUCAGGAGUUCCAGAGGCACAAAACUGCCGUGAGGGUUUCGACCGUCAGUCCCGGCAUUGUUGAUACGGACAUCUUGCCGGAGCAGAUCCAGGGUAUUAUCAAACAACACAUGCCCAUGCUGCGAAGUGAUGACGUCGCUGAUGCCGUUCUCUGGGCAAUUGGCACUCCGCCCAAUGUUCAGGUCCAUAAUAUAACUAUCAAGCCGCAAGGCGAAAAGUUUUAAUAACUGUUAUGAUAAACUAUCAACUGCAGUGGACAAUUUCAUUAAAUAUUUAAGUUUUAUUUGUACUGCGCCACUAGUUGCCUUAGGCUAAAAAUAAAAUAGUAUAAUUGGA